AUGCGCGUGCAGAAGCAGGCCUCGGUCGGACUGCUCACUAUAGUCCUUCCAACAGUCACAUCUGCUCUGGGGUUUAAUUGCGCUAAUGUGCGUGUGGACGGUGUCCAAUUCGACUUGAAGCCGCUGGGCGGCGUCCACGAGAUUCAGACCGUUUCGACCUUUGACGAUUACACGGUCAACACAACGUACGUACUCGACAUCUGCAAUAUCCUAAAAGGUGCUUCGAGGCACGAUGGGAUGUCGUGUGGAACGUCAAAGAAAAUUUGCGGCUUUGAGAAAACUAUAUACGAGAGCGGUGAAGUUGACGAGCGAGCCCUCCCUAUUGCCGGACUCGACCCCGUCGGCGGCGGCAGCGAAGACCCCGAAAUCACACGGUUGAAGAAACAAGACCCGGACACAGAAGGUGUCCGCAUAAAACUCGCCGGCGGGGAGAUUCACGAGAUAAAUAAGCCUAAGGGGAAAGGAAAGCCGGCGUCGGCUGUGAUUGAGUUUCAAUGCGAUCCCAAUCGAACAGGAUUGGAGGGUCUUACAACGACGGAAGAUGGGGAUGAUGGUGAUGACAAUGCGGAAGAGAAGCGACGUAUUCGUCGUGAUGACGAUGAGAAGAAUGACGAUGAUAAGAAAGGUGAAGAAGACGCUCCAACAAACACCGACAAAAGUCUUGUGUUCAAGAGCUUCGGCCUGGUCGACGACAAAGCCUAUAUCUUGCGAUUGGACUGGAAGACCAAGUAUGCGUGCGAGAACUAUCUCAGCGACAACCCUUCGGAGUCGAGCAGCGGUCACUGGGGAUUCUUCACUUGGUUCAUUAUUAUCCUAUUUCUGCUCGCUGCCACAUACCUCAUCUUCGGCUCCUGGCUUAACUACAACCGCUACGGUGCCCGGGGCUGGGACCUGCUCCCACACGGCGACACCAUCCGCGACAUUCCCUACAUUUUCCAAGACUGGGUGCGUCGAGUCGUCAACACGCUGCAGGGGCCCGGGGCGAGGGGAGGCUACGCCGCUGUAUAA